AUGACGUUCCGCUUGGUCUUUGCUGGAGCCGACUGUAAGCGAAUAUUCUCCAUGGUAACCAGUCCCAUCAAUCCCUCUCUCUGAUGCAGCUUACAGCUUGCGAGAUUUCCGUGACCUAGUGCAUGACCUCGGCAGAUGGUACAUGGAGGUGGCCGGCGAGCCUCCGCUGCUGCCGAGCAACUGGAGACAGCAGGACGAGAGGGGCGAGGUCAACCCCUUCGGGCCUCAGGGGGGCCUGCAGCUGACCAGGAUGAGCGACUAUGAGAUUUUGAAGCUGAUGGCAGUGAUGAACCAUGGACUGAAGAGUAAGUAGAGACCUCCGUAUAGAAACACCAUCGGGAAGGAACGGUCUGAGUCUGGGCCGCAUACAUACGCCCUCUGAUGUGUUCCUCCUAUUCCAUGCAGAGGAGGCCGCAGCCCUGCCUGCAAAGGAAGAGCUACGCGAAGAGCAUCAGGCGUUGCUGGCGCUAUUGAGGGAGGAGGGUGUCGGAGCGUCAGCGCAGCUUCAGCAGCCGCCAUUGGAAAGCCAUGAGGGAGAAAAUGCACAUAUGCAAGCGCCGAAGGAAGAUAUCUCAUCAGAACCUACAGAGCAUCGCGAGGCGGCAGUUGCUCGCCCACAAGAGGGCACGGAGGACCAAGAGACUGCAGGCGUGUCAGAGAUACCUCAAGAGAAAGAGAAACCAUCAGAGACGGAGACAGGGCCGCCGGAUGACAAGUCACCACCUGCUGCCGCAGCGAGUGGCAGCGAGACGCCACCAAAGGAGCCGGGCCCAGUCCCUUCUCCAAAUCAAAAGACGCCACCUGAUGUCAUCACGGAAUACGAUGAAUCAGGGGAAGGUAAGCACUCCCCAAUCUGUCAGGCCGAUGAGCGUAUCUGCCGCUGUUUCCAUCGAUCCUGUCUGCAGACGAUGAUGCCUUUGUCAGCCUGGACGAACGUUUCAACAGACUGCAAGAUCGGCCUACACCAGGAGAAUCAGAGCAUUCCGAGACCCCAGCAGCAGCAGCUGGCAAUGAUGCGAGCAGCAGCACACCUUCCGAAGCGCACGAAGGCAGCCCGCCGACUCAUGUGGGGGAAGGAGAGGCUACCACUAGCGGCACUGCCACAGCAGGAGAGACUCAUGGCAGUAGAAGCCCAGAGUCCCACUCGGAGCACGAGCAGCCGCCAUUGGAAAGUCAUGAAGAGCAUGAGAAUGUGCACGCACACCCAUCGAGACCAGAAGAAGUUGGCCAACACAACGGGGGCGGCCCGGAGGUUAGAUCCUCCGAUGUGAUGGAGGCACUUGGCGAGCACACCAUUGUCGAAACACUCAACGAGCUGGCUGGUCCUGCUCGCACUUGCAGCGAGAGACGCACGGAAACAAGCGUUCAGACAUGAUGUCUCUCUUUCGGCCACCUGUCUGUUUGACUGCAUGCAGGCCUCGUCCCCUGCCAAGUCACUGUCUCAGAUGGGGUCAUCCAGAGAGGGGACUGCUACAGUGAGACCGCCUACUGUGUCCUUGGCGACUCCCGCAACACCGUCAGCUCCAUCAGCAAGACCAUCUACGGCCAGCGGCUGUCCCAAUACCUGCAGUUCAAACACUUCGCUGACCUCGGGCGCGCACGUUGCAGGGCUACUGCGUCGAAAGACAGCGCAUCGAGACACAGCUGGGCUUAG